AUGAUGUCCUCAGCCCUUCUCAAGCUCUUCAGAUCCACUGGAUCUUACCUCUUAGCCAUCUCACGGCACUCAAUCUUCCGCCCACACUCAGUCAGAGGCAUUUCCAUCCCAAAGACCGACCAUGAACGAGCAGCUGCUGCUCGUGACCUGCUCAAAGCCGCUUUCGGAGAGCGGGUCAUUACCGCCGAUGACCCUACCUCCAGGCCCAUGGUGGCUCUUACAACGCCCUGGUCAACAACCUGCCACCUCCCCUCUGCUGCGUACUUCCAACCUGUUUCCGCAGCCGAGGUCAGCACGGCGCUCUCCAUCAUUACCAAAACGCAAUGCAAAUUUGCUGUGCGUGCCACGGGCCACAAUCCCAACCCGGGUUUCAGCAGCACUCGUGAAGAUGGCGUGAUUAUUGAUUUGCAGUUGUUGAACGAUAAGUCCUUUGACCCGGAGACAGGGAUAGCGAGCUUGGGGGCGGGAAACACUUGGGGAGAGGUGUAUACCUGGCUCGAAGGCAAGGGCAGAAGUGUGAUGGGGGGACGAUACGAGGAGAUUGGUGUGGCGGGCUUUGUGCUGGGAGGGGGGAUGCCAGGGUUUGUGAACCUGAGGGGGAUGGGGUGUGAUCAGGUCCGGGGAUUUGAGGUCGUCCUUGGAGAUGGACACACUGUCCACUGCUCUGCCGAAGUCCGACCGGACCUUUACCGGGCUCUGAAAGGCGGCGGAUCCAACUUUGGAGUCGUUACCACCUUCUACUUGCAGACGUAUCCGUUGUUGAAGACGCAGUAUACCGUCAGCUUGUACAAGCCGGAUGAUUACACCAACAUCAUCGAGGCUUCGGUAGCUGCGCACAAGGAGAUGGAGACGGAUGCGCAAGCGGCGUACUUUACCAACGUCCACAGGGAUUUCGUCGCCAUUGGACAGCUCUAUGCCGAUACGCCCGAGGAAGAACCAAAGGUGUUUGAGCCGUUCCGGAAAUUGGAGAGUAUGAUGGCGCCUGUGGUUCCAAAGACGAAUGGCACGCUGUCGACGCUGGCGCAGGCCAUUGGCCAUCGGCCUCCCAAGGGAAAACGCACCAUCUUCACCAUCUCCACCAAAGUGGACAAGGACCUCUACCUCGCCAUCCACCAAAUCUGGCAAGACAUAACCGCCACGCUCCCCCCUUCCAGUGACGGCACAGACCUGCACUACACCAUCCAGCCCGUCACUGCCUCUGCCGCCCGCGCCGGUCGUGACAAUGGCACAGGUGGCAAUGCUCUCGGUCUGCAAGAAGUAUCGCAGAACUGGUGCGUGUUCACGCUGGAGUACGCGCGGGAUGGAGAUGACGCGGUACAUCAAGCAGCCAUGGAUCGCCUUUACGAGCAGGUGAAGAAGGCGGCGGAGGAGAGGGGCCUGUUGCUGGACUUUGUUUGCCCGACGUUUGCGGACAAGAGGCAGGAUGUGCUGCGGGGGUUUGGAGAGGAGAAUGUCGGCUUGAUCAAGGAAGUUGCGGCAAAGUAUGAUGGCGAGGGGUUGUUUCAGAAAUUGCAAUAUGGAGGCUUCUUGGUGAGGGAUUUGUGA